CAGACGAGCAAUUGCAGCUGAUGCAGUAUCCAGCAUUCGCGCCCAUUUCUGCGUGCAACACCAGCCGGCCCAUGUCUUAGCUGCGCAUUCCCCAUAUCACCACCACCACCAUCCGGCCAGCCUGGCCUCUUUGCGCACUUGAGCAAUGCACCCCCACGGGCAAAGGACGAGUGAACGGUGAAGGCUAGCAACGCUUUCGCUACGUCACAACACGCGCUGCCAUUCCACGUGCAAAUCAACAAAAAAAAGUAAAAAACGAACAACAUGAGCGGCAAGGGCUGGUGGAACAACGCCCUCUCUGGCCUCGAGUCGCGGCUCGACACUAUCCUGGCCGAAGAUGGCUCUACAGGCCCAAGGCCGGCGGCGGCGACAGACGGCGCAGCCAGGGCCGACGGCACAGACAAAGCGGCGGCGGCCGUGGACAAGAAGCUGGUGGUGGAAGCUGGUGGGUAGCCCCAGAGGCCCGAGGUAGCAGCAAGCUCCGUGGAUGCUAAUGGCCCAGAAGCCUCGCGGAACCCGUCACGAAGCAGACCAAACUCCCGACUCCAGG